AUGAUUAGCAAAUAUUACGGAUUUUCUGAUGCUUCAUCUUUUGAUGAGAAUGGAAUUAAUCAAGCAAAUACUAAUGGAUCAACUGAUCAAAUUGAGAAAAUGAAAGAAGUCGGAUUUAAGAGAUAUUUAAUAACAAAUGAGAUUUGCAAAAAAAAAAAACUUUAG